AUCCCGUAGCUGCACCUAACUUCCCGAAGUACCGUGACGUCACACGCAGGUGAGCAGAAAAAAUGGCUCAGGAAUUCGGCAAAAAUGCUGCUCGACUUGAUUGGGGCGAUCACUCCGGCUUAAAUCAGCGCCACAACGUCCUGCGGCUUCUAGUCUCACCCGGCCCCGCACCUGAGCACACAACACCCACGAAGAAGUGUUUUUUUGUCUCUCGGGGAGGAUUGACGCCAUGUCCUUCUCCAGCAUCUUACCUGACGAGGCUGCCUUCGAGGACUUCAAGAGGCAGUGCCUGUCCACGGACACCUGGCAGCUCAGGUACAACAGCCACGACAGCCAAGUGUGGUCGGAGGCCACGGACAAGGGGAACCCGGUCGCAGCCAAAGUACACAAACUCAAGUGUAAAAUGAACAUCAAGGAUGUCUCGGCCGCCACCAUGUAUGACGUCCUGCAUGACAGCAAGUACCGGAAGCAGUGGGACCCCAACGUGAUGGAGAGUUACGACGUGGCCCGCCUCUCCGCCUGCGCCGACUUGGGCUACUACUCAUGGUCUUGUCCGCGGCCGAUCAAGAACCGGGACGUGGUCACGCUGCGCUCGUGGCUCGUGGCCGACGACGAGUACAUCAUCAUCAACUUCUCCGUCAAACAUCCAAAGUUUCCUCCUACCAGUGACCUGGUUCGAGCCAUUUCCAUCCUCACAGGCUACUACAUAAAGCCCACGGGGCCAAACAGCUGCACUUUCACCUACCUCUCGCAAGCCGACCCCAAAGGUUCUCUUCCAAAGUGGGUGGUCAACAAAGCCUCGCAAGUUCUGGCACCAAAGGUGCUGAAGUGCGUGCACAAGGCGGGUCAGAAAUACCCCGAGUGGAAGCAGCAGAACUCCCCAGACCAGAAGCCCUGGUUGUACCCGGAGCAGAACACCCUGCCCUUGAUGGACCCCGCAGAACUGUCCAUCCAGAGAGCCGACUCGCUGGAGAACGUGGACGAGAGUUCCAAGGAGGAGGAAAACUAGGUUACGGAAAAAAAAGGAUGUAGGCCAACUCUCAGGAAUAUUCUUGCAGGUUUACAGCUCAAUGAAGGGAUGGAAAAGAGCAGAUUUUAGUGGUCUUAGCUUGUUUUAUUACUUAUGGGGUUAAAGGAGAGCAUUGUUGCAGCACUACAUUUAUUCUUCCUUCAGACCUCUCGUCUCAACCUGAAGAAGAGUUUACACCGUGUGGUGUUUUUUUUUUUUUACUGCUUGAAGAACAUGAGAUGCUGUUUGAAAUGAUAUUGGACUUUAAUUCUCAUAUGCAAUACUGGAAAAGUAAAUUCUAUUUAUUCCGGU